ACUUGAUAUUGACUGUGAAUAGCAUUGAGUGAAUCAAAGACUGGAAAUUGGAUUCAAACCACAAUUUAAUCAUUGAUUCAAUUGUUUUGUAUAUAUUUGGUGUGAAAGCAAUCAAUCAAAGCACACAAAAAUGUUUUGUUUGACAUCCAAACUGGUCACUACCUCCACACCACUAGCCAUCGGUGUCCAAACCAGAGGAAUGGCUACACUUAAAGACAUUAGGAUGCGGUUGAAGUCGGUGACGAACAUCCAGAAGAUCACGCAAUCGAUGAAAAUGGUGUCGGCGGCCAAGUAUGCCAGGGCUGAGCGUGACCUCAAGUCCGCCCGCAGUUACGGGUUGGGAGCUCAGGCCUUUUACACGAAUACGGAUCUAAUAAAAGCGGGCGACGAGACCCCCAAACCGGGCACUCUUAUCGUUGCCGUCACCUCCGACAGGGGUCUCUGCGGUGGAGUCCAUUCAUCCGUCGCUAAGAAAAUACGAGCCAUUAUGAAGACGGACCCAAACGCUCAGAAUAUUAGGAUUGUAUGCGUUGGAGACAAAUCUAAGGCAAUGCUCGCCCGACAAUUCCCGCAGAAUAUACUGAUGAUGUUCAACGAUGUGGGCAAAAAGGCGCCCCAAUUCGGUGACGCCACCGCUGUGGCCAACGCUAUCCUCAACAGUGGCUUUGAGUUCAGUGAAGGCAUUCUCAUCUACAAUAAGUUCAGGACUGUCGUGUCGUACGUCACCUCAGAGUUGCCGAUCUUUGGCGCGCAGGCCAUCAGCGCGUCGCCUAAAAUGAAUGUCUACGACAGUAUCGAUGACGACGUCCUCAAGUCAUACUACGAGUACUCUUUGGCGUCACUUAUAUUUUACGCCAUGAAAGAGAACGCCUGUAGUGAACAGUCAUCCCGCAUGUCAGCCAUGGACAGCGCCAGUAAAAAUGCCGGCGAAAUGAUCGGCAAAUUGACGCUUCAGUUCAAUCGCACCCGACAAGCGGUCAUCACUAGAGAGUUGAUUGAGAUUAUAUCGGGUGCGGCCGCUCUCUAAUAGCGCCGGUAGUUAGUGUGUUAGCCUUCGAACUGCAAAAUUAUGUAAAACUGUUUUUUCCGAUUUUAUUUGU